AUGGAUGAGUGCUCGGGAAAGAUUCAGACUACGCAGACAAGCGGAUCUGUACCCGUACCGCAGGUGGAGAACCCAUUGAUAACGUUGAUAACUUCCUUCCUAAUGCUUCCGAUCCCUCCUCCCGAUCGCAAUGACAGAUGGGCUAAGAAGAAGCUGUGGCAAGCACAGAAGGAAUUGAAGAAGGUUGUUGACCUGGAGCUUAUAGAUGGACAGGCAGGUGCACAAGUAAUAGCUCGGCUAUUUGAAUAG